CUCGCUGUUUGUUCUCGGUUUUGCUAUUGGACCGCUACUCUGGGCGCCUCUUAGCGAGCUGUUCGGACGCCAGGUGUUGUUUAUUGGAACAUAUGCUGCUCUGACCGCGUUCAACGCCGGAUGUGCAGGCGCGCAGAAUGGACACACACUCAUCAUCCUUCGCUUCAUGGCCGGAGCCUUUGGUUCAUCACCGCUGACCAACGCCGGCGGUGUCAUUGCCGACAUGUUCCCAGCUUCGCAGCGAGGUCUCGCCAUGGCCCUCUUCGCCGCCGCCCCCUUCUUGGGACCUGUGCUGGGACCUGUCAUCGGUGGCUUCUUGGGCAUGACGGAGGGAUGGCGCUGGGUCAUGGGCUUCCUCGCCAUCUUCUCCGGUUCGCUUUGGAUUAUUGGAUCUCUGACUGUCCCUGAGACAUACGCCCCUGUCAUUCUUCGCAAGCGUGCAGCACAAUUGUCAAAGGCUACUGGAAAGCACUACCUCAGCACCAUUGACCACCAGCGAGGCAAGGUCACGCUCGGCGCCGCCAUGAAGACCGCACUCCUACGACCCUGGAUCCUCCUGUUCAAGGAGCCCAUUGUCCUCCUUCUGUCCAUCUACAUGGCCAUCAUCUACGGAACCCUCUACAUGCUCUUCGCCGCCUUCCCCAUCGUCUACCAGCAGAACCGUGGAUGGAACCAGGGUGUUGGCGGCCUGUCAUUCCUCGGCAUCAUGAUCGGAAUGCUCUUCGCAAUUGCCUAUACGAUUCCCGCCAACAAGCGCUACAUCAAAAUUGAAGAGGAGCACGGCGGCUUUGCCCCUCCUGAGGCUCGUCUUUACUCCGCCAUGGUUGGAUCAGUCGCGCUCCCCAUCGGCCUCUUUUGGUUCGCCUGGACCAACUCUCCUUCGAUUCACUGGAUAGCUAGCAUCGCAGCUGGCGUUCCCUUUGGAUUCGGCAUGGUCUUGGUGUUCCUAAGCAUCAUGAACUACCUCAUCGAUUCCUACACCAUCUUCGCCGCCUCUGUCCUGGCUGCCAACUCGGUUCUACGUUCGUUGUUCGGCGCCGCCUUUCCUUUGUUCACAUCUCAAAUGUACGACGCCCUGGGUAUUCACUGGGCCUCUACAAUCCCCGCGUUCCUGGCACUCGCUUGUGUCCCAUUCCCUUUCCUAUUCUUCAAGUACGGACCCGCCAUUCGCGAGCGAUGCAAGUUUGCAGCGCAAUCGGCCGCAUUCAUGAAAAACUUGCAGCAGAGCCAAGACUCAUCCACCGACGAGCCCGAAAAGACAGAGGAGGGAGUUCUCGCGGCAGAAAACGAUUCAGACGAUGACGACGAAGUCUCAACAGUGGUCGAUGAACCUACAUUUGCCGCUAUUCGCUCCCGAGCGUCAACCACAGCAUCGGCACGCAGAAAGUCGUACGACGCCAACCCCUACGAUAUCGAUCGUGUCAACACAAGAGAGUCUUUUGCAAACAUUUGAAACUCAACAAAAUCUGUACGAUAUGUCGGACGCGAGCGGUGCGAAUUAAACAUUUCGCAAUAAGAGAUUACAAAAAGUGUAUAUCUUGGCUGAAGGGGAUAAAACAAGGGUUAACGUUAUCAACUUUAAUAUUAUAGACUGCAUUCUUGAUACCACGGAUGGGAGGCAAAGUGUACAUAGAGAAAAAACAUUAUUACAUAAGUCACACAGCUGCAACAUGGUCUUUCACUUCUCAA